AUGUCGGAAACAAAGAAGCAAAAGACAAGCUCAGACUUGAGGUUCACCAACAUCAAGACGGUGCUAAUUGCUAACAGAGGUGAAAUUGCGUGCAGAAUCAUAGCAUCUUUGGCAAUCUAUUCUAAAGAAGAUACUGGUUCAUUACACGUUUCACAAGCUGAUCAGUCAGUGUUAAUACCAGGUACUGGUUCACAAGCUUAUAUCAAUAUUGAUUCCGUUCUUGAUGUUGCUGUUAAAGUUGGAGCUGAUGUGGUAAUCCCAGGUUAUGGAUUCCUUUCUGAAAACUCAAACUUUGCCCAAAAAUUAGAAGAAAAGGGUAUAAUAUUUGCAGGUCCAUCUGCUGAAAAUGUUGAACAAUUUGGAUUGAAACAUAUCGCUAGACAAUUGGCCAUAAAGGCAAAUGUCCCAGUGGUUCCUGGGACUGAAUUAGUUGAUACUUUAGAACAAGCUCGAAAUGAAGGUGCUAAAAUUGGUUAUCCUUUAAUGUUGAAAUCCACUGCAGGUGGUGGUGGUAUGGGUUUAAAAGUUUGUCAUGAUGAAUCUCAACUUGAACAAUUCUUUAAUGAAGUGAAAUCAAGAGGUCAAAGUCUAUUUAGUAAUACUGGUGUUUUCAUUGAGAAAUAUGUUCAAAAUGCACGUCAUAUUGAAAUCCAAUUGUUUGGUAAUGGUCUUGGUGAUGUGAUUACUUUUGGUGAAAGAGAAUGUUCAAUUCAACGUCGUCAUCAGAAAGUUAUUGAAGAAUCUCCAAGUCCCUUUGUUGAUUUUGAAUUGAGGCAAAAAUUAAGUCAAUGUGCUAUAAGUCUCGCUUCUGAAGUUAAAUAUAAAUCUGCAGGUACAAUUGAAUUUCUUGUUGAUGAUGAUACAAGUGAAUUUUAUUUUUUGGAAAUGAAUACAAGAUUACAAGUUGAACAUGGUAUCUCAGAACUGGUGUAUGAUGUUGAUCUCGUUUACUUGAUGCUCUUACAAUCUGACUAUGAAGUAUCCAAAUCUGGUAUUCCAUUAAGUAUAUUACAAUCGCAAAGCUCAUGCACGCUGAAAAAUAAUAUUUUAAAUCCAAAUGGGCAUGCGAUUGAAGUUAGAUUAUAUGCUGAAAAUCCUAUUAAAGAUUUUGCUCCAUCUCCUGGUAUUUUACACCAAGUGGAAUUUCCAGAUAAAGACAACAUUAGAAUUGACCAUUGGAUCUCCACGGGUACAAAAGUCUCACCAUAUUUUGAUCCAUUACUAGCUAAAAUCAUGUCAUGGGGCCCAACAAGAGAAGAUGCAACAACAACGCUUAUAGAGUAUUUAAAAUCAGUCAAGAUUUGUGGUCCACCAACAAAUAUUUAUUAUUUAGGUGAUAUUCUUCAUACUGAUAAUUUCAAAACUGGUAAUACUUUAACUUCAUUCUUGAAUAACUUUGAUUUUAAGCCAAAAUUAAUUGAAUUUGAAGAAGCUGGUGCUUAUACUACAAUUCAAGAUUUGCCUGGUCGUACUGUUAAUGGUGGUGUUCCAACAAGUGGUCCAGUUGAUUCGUUAUCUUUACAGAUUGCAAAUAUUAUUGUUGGUAAUGAUAAAUAUAUAGAAUGUCUCGAAAUCAACUUGACAGGUCCAACCAUUAAAUUCUAUUCUGAUGCAUUAAUUGCAUUAGCAGGUGCUGAUUUUGAAUUUGAGAUUAAUGAUCAAGAACAACCGUUAUUCACUCAAAUUUUCGUUAAAGCUGGUGAUGUUGUCAAAAUUGGAUCUUCCAAUUCCAAAUAUGCAUCAAAAAGUUAUUUGGCUAUCAAAGGGGGUUUCCCAGAUGUUGCAAAAUAUCUUGGUUCCAAAAGUUGUACACCGACCCUAAGUCUGGGUGGUCACCAAGGUCGUGUAAUAUUCCCUGGUGAUUGUUUAACUAUAGUUUCUGGUGACUCGAAAGAAUUCACUGGAUAUAGCUUGCCAAAAAAUUCCAGGCCAAACUAUGAUGUUGAAUCCUGGACUGUUAGGAUGUUGAGAGGACCUCAUGACACUGAAGAUAUCAUUUCCGAAGAAGGUUUAAAACAAUUAUACAAUACCACAUACCACGUCAAUUUGAAUUCCAAUAGAGGUGGUACAAGAUUAGAUGGUCCUUCUAUAGAUUUUUCAAGAACCUCGGGUGGUGAUGGUGGCUCACAUCCUUCAAAUAUCUUGGAGUAUACUUACCCAUUUGGAGGUUUAAGUGUGGUUGGUUCUCAACUUGUUAUGUAUGGGCCUGAUGGUGGUACAUUAUCUGGGUUUAUCUGUAUUUCAGUUCCAACAAUGGCUGAUUUUUGGAAAAUUGGUCAAGCUUCAACAGGUGCUCCUAUAAAUUUUGAACUUGUUACUUACUCUGAUGCUAUUAAAUUAUCAAACCAGAGAGAAGCUUUCAUCACGUACAUCGAAACCAAACCUACAGGUGAUAGUAAAGACUUUACUGAUAUACUAGAUGUUGUUGAUGAUCAUAUUGAUGAUCCAGUGUUAUUUAAAAGAGUUGGGGACAAGAAUUUACCUGAUUUUUAUAUCAAACAAGCUGGUGAAAAAAUGAUCAUUAUGGAUUUUGGAGUUGUGGAUUAUGACUUGUUGAAUAAUGGUCGUCAAUAUAUUUUAGAUCUGAAGAUAUCUGAAACACUUAAAGAAGGCAUUAUUAGAUUCGAAGCAGUUACUGGUGCCAUGUGUAUUGUUUUCAAUCCACUUAUUAUUUCAAGGUCCAAACUAAUUGAGGAAGUUUCCAAACUUGAAGAAUCAAUUCCACCAGUUGAUGAGUUAAAAGUUCCUUCAAGAAUCUUCAAGUUCCCGAUUGCAUUUGAUCAUAGUGCAUUAUCACACUGUUUGGGAAGAUAUAAAAGAUCACAAAGACCUCAUGCUCCCUACUUACCAAGCAAUACAGAGUUUGUAAUGAGAGCAAAUUGUAUUGAAACCAUUGAGGACUUCAAAGCUGCUGUAGUUGGUCAUACACAAAUUGUUGUCGCAGUCUCAUUUUUAUGUGCUCUUCCUUUAUUGGUUCAUACUGAUCCAAGGUUAAGGUUUUUAAGUUCCAAGUAUAAUCCAGCUAGAACAUUCACCCCUGCCGGUGCUAUUGGUACAGGAUCCAUUGCUCAAGCUAUAUAUACUGUUGAUAGUCCUGGUGGUUACAUGAUUUGGGGUAUGACUUUACCAAAUGGAUUUUGGGAUACAUUUAGUAAACUGGAAGGAUUUGAUGACUUACCAUGGAUAUUGAAAAAUUUCGAUCAAGUUCAAUUUUAUGAAGUAACAGAGGAUGAAUUAACAAAAAUGAAUAAUGAUCUUUUGACUGGAGAAUACAAAAUUACAUCAGAAACCAAAGAGUUUGAUUUCGCUGAAUAUUCUAAAUGGCUAAAGACUGUUGAGCAAGAAACCAAAGAGAUCAAAUCUAUGAAAUUACAAGCUAUCGAUGUACUUUCAAAAGAAGAAGAGAUUGAUUUAGCAAAAUGGGAAGAAGAAAAGGAACAAGCAAAAGCUUCAAAGUCUUCAACUUCUAAUGGUGCUUCAAUUGAUGAUCCAAAUGCAACAAAAGUCUCGUCACAUAUGGCUGCCAAUGUUUUCAAAAUCAAUUACCAAAAGGGUGAUGUCUUAUCCUUGGAUGAUAGUGUUAUUGUUUUAGAAGCUAUGAAGAUGGAAAUAUCAGUUCGUAUCAAGUCUAAAGAAGGGCCAAAGUUUGAAGUCUUGGACAUCUUAGUUGAGGAAGGCGAUAUGGUGAAUCCUGGUGAUCUAUUAGCGCUGGUGAAAUCUGUAUAG